GAAGGGCGCUUGGACCCCCACGGCGAUCUGUGUUUGGGUUCGGACUCUGGGAGGAUUUUGGCUUUGCUCGCCUUCCUCUUUCAGAAGACUCGAGAUCGGCCAGCAGGUCUGCGAGAUUUGAAACGCGACUGUUACUCCUUGUUUUCCGGUUCUGGCCGCGGGAGCCUCUCGGGAAGCGUGGAAAGAAGGGUAGGGCGUAUGCCUAGUGACCGCCUCUGGUUGUCGGGCUCGCGCCUGGCGCCGCUUCGUGGAGUAGCUCUCUCUUCGUCACUUUUGGUUGCAGACUUGUUGAGUAGAAGUGCAGACUGAUGCUUUAAGACUCGGGGAAAGGUCUUUCCCUUAUCUCCACCCCAUCAAGCACCCCAGAGACGUUGGAGAUUUGUCUUGUUUCUAGACACGUGUACUCGAAUGUUGUGCGGAGGACUUAAAUAUUCGAGAAGAGAGUGGGAACUCCUGGAAUUUUAAGGGAUUUCUGUGUAUUUCCAAAGCUGACUUUUAACAACCGGCAGCGUGGGAUUCGUGAUUGUUUUUCGCCUUCGUGUGGUUCCAACAUGUACUUCCCUUCUUGGUUAAGUCAGCUGUACAAGGGUUUAUCCAGACCCAUCCGAAGGACCACCCAACCGAUCUGGUGUUCUCUCUACAGAAGGCUGGUGCAGAGUUCACAGAGGAGAAAUCCAGAAUUCAAUAGCUUUGCUGUCCGGACCAACACAUGUGGAGAGUUGCGUUCGUCUCACUUAGGCCAAGAAGUCACCUUGUGUGGAUGGAUUCAGUACCGCAGGCAAAACACAUUCUUGGUCCUAAGAGAUUUCCAUGGGCUUGUUCAAGUUGUCAUUCCCCAGGAUGAGUCGGCAGCCUCUGUGAAGAAGAUUUUAUGUGAAGCCCCUGUGGAAUCUGUGGUGCGAGUGUCUGGUACAGUCAUUUCCCGUCCUGCAGGACAGGAGAAUCCAAAAAUGCCAACAGGUGAGAUUGAAAUCAAAGUUAAAACAGCUGAACUUCUGAAUGCCUGCAAGAAGCUGCCCUUUGAAAUUAAGGACUUCAUGAAGAAAACAGAGGCUCUUCGGUUGCAGUAUCGCUACUUAGACUUGCGUAGUUUCCAAAUGCAAUAUAAUCUGCGACUGAGGUCCCAGAUGGUCAUGAAGAUGCGGGAAUAUCUCUGUAAUCUGCAUGGGUUUGUGGAUAUAGAAACCCCCACAUUGUUUAAGAGGACCCCAGGGGGUGCCAAAGAGUUUUUAGUACCAUCCAGGGAACCUGGAAAGUUUUAUUCUCUCCCUCAGAGUCCUCAACAGUUUAAGCAACUUUUGAUGGUUGGCGGUUUAGACAGAUAUUUUCAGGUUGCCCGAUGUUAUCGAGAUGAAGGUUCAAGACCAGACAGACAGCCUGAAUUUACUCAGAUUGACAUAGAAAUGUCUUUUGUAGACCAGACUGGGAUCCAGAGUUUAAUUGAGGGUUUGCUCCAAUAUUCCUGGCCCAAUGACAAAGAUCCUGUGGUUGUUCCUUUUCCCACUGUGACUUUUACUGAGGCGCUGGCCACCUAUGGAACUGAUAAACCUGACACUCGCUUUGGCAUGAAGAUUAUAGAUAUCAGUGAUGUGUUCAGAAACACAGAGAUUGGAUUUCUUCAAGAUGCACUUAGUAAGCCCCAUGGAACUGUGAAAGCCAUAUGUAUCCCUGAAGGAGCAAAAUACUUAAAAAGGAAAGACAUUGAAUCCAUCAGAAAAUUUGCAGCUGACCAUUUUAAUCAGGAAAUCUUACCUGUAUUCCUUAACGCCAAUAGAAACUGGAAUUCUCCAGUUGCUAACUUCAUAAUGGAAUCGCAAAGACUGGAAUUAAUAAGACUAAUGGACACCCAAGAGGAAGAUGUGGUCCUACUAACUGCUGGAGAGCACAAUAAAGCAUGCUCUUUGUUGGGAAAAUUACGACUGGAAUGUGCUGACCUUCUAGAAACAAGAGGAAUGGUGCUCCGUGACCCCACUCUGUUCUCUUUUCUUUGGGUGGUAGAUUUCCCACUCUUCCUCCCCAAGGAGGAAAAUCCCAGAGAGCUGGAAUCAGCCCACCACCCAUUUACUGCUCCCCACCCCAGUGACAUACACCUCCUGUACACUGAGCCCAAAAAGGCCCGUAGCCAACACUAUGACUUGGUUUUAAAUGGCAAUGAAAUAGGAGGUGGUUCGAUUCGAAUUCACAAUGCAGAGCUACAGCGUUAUAUCCUGGCAACUUUACUAAAGGAGGAUGUGAAAAUGCUCUCCCAUCUGCUCCAGGCUUUAGAUUACGGGGCACCCCCUCAUGGAGGAAUUGCCUUAGGGUUAGACAGACUGAUAUGCCUUGUCACUGGAUCUCCAAGCAUCAGAGAUGUCAUAGCCUUCCCAAAGUCCUUUCGGGGACAUGACCUCAUGAGCAAUGCCCCAGAUUCUAUCCCUCCUGAGGAACUGAAGCCCUAUCAUAUCCGAGUCUCCUGGCCAACAGACUCCAAAGCAGAAAGAGCUCAUUGAGUCAUGCAUACCAUCCAAAAAGUUGAACUUUUAG